AUGAAGCUAGUGCUGCUCAGAAGGAAUGCACGAAAGGAUUUCCGUUCGCUUGUUUUGUUCAUCUGUGGGAAAACGAAAAUAAUGCUGGAAAAGAUUGUCGAAUCUCCACUGGGAGGUGAAAGCCCGAAAUGGUUUGCCGAACACGUGGAAAAUAAAAAGGAAAACCUGGGAUCAAUGGAAGUUGUAUGGGAAUACACCGGUUUUCCUUUUGACAUAGUCACCAACAAGAGCUCACCGUUUUUGGCACAUCGAUUCGAUUAUGGGACAAAGAAAUGCAGAAAAUAUGCAGAGAAUACGAGGCGUAAAUUUGGUUUGACUGGACGCAACGAGAUGCCCCAUAUGCCUGAAGUCACCACUGAAAAGGCGCCACUUGCCAGACGUGACGCUGCGAACAUUCCCACUCGUUAUUAUGGUCGUCCUAUUGAUUUGGAAACUGUGAAUGAGGAGGAUCGCGCAGCUAUAGAAUCCAACUACUGGCUCUCGACGAAUAGAAACGCGUUUUAUAAGAAAUACGGCGACAAGAUCAAACUCGCAAAAGCAUCAAUGUGCACUUCCGAUUCGAAAGAGACUUUCUGCCGUUCUCCUCCAACAACUCCAAAUCCAAAUGCGAACAACACGUGCCAUAAUUCCACAACGACCGCAAAGGUGGAACAAGAAAGCAGCAGCUUGCCGUGGUGGAUUCUGCUAAUCGUGCUUGCUGGUCUUACGGUUACUUGGUUCGUUGUCCUUCUCGUGUGGUGGAAAUGCUGCUUUGGAUUGUCUGAAGAGAGAAAGACCACAAGAGGGGGGAAAGAAAAAAGGAAAAUUUUUCCCUCCCGCCAGGCAAGGAAAAAAAGCAAGUCCUGGGCAAAAGGAACUACUUUUACCGUCUCUUCUCUAUCUGGUGACUCCUCGCAUUCAACUCCUCCAGCUCAAGACCGAACUUCUGAAACUAAAUUUGUUGUUCGGAACUUGGAAGACUGCUUUUCCCAAGCCAUAUCUAAGACUUUGCAAGAGCGGGCAGAGCUUUGGGAAAAGAAGAAGGACGAGAAAGAAUUGGCUGAACGUUUUGGUUUUCCGACGAAAUGGCGAAGCAAAGACUGUCAUCAGCAAUUCAACAAGGGCAACAUCUAUAUUUACACCGAUGGUUCACGGGCCAAUGAUAAAACAGGAACGACUGGGAUCGGAACGUUUUAUGGAAUAGGCCACCCACUGAAUUUAGGUCUAAACAUCGGGCCCACGGAUCACGCAUUUUUUGGGGAAUUGCUAGCGAUAAAUGUCGCUCUGCAUCGUCUACUGCUAUGGGGAGGAUUUGGAAAUCGAGAUGUCAUACUUCGUACCGAUUGUGUGAAUGUAAUCAUCGCAUUGAAGAAUGAGGAAGACAGGAAGCUAAAUCAGCUUCUGAUCGACAAGACCAGCCGCUUGGCUGGACUU